AUGGUGAUGAUGACGGUCACGAGAUUCAAAGAACUCAAACCUUCUUGGUUUGUUCGCAAUGAUGAUGAUGAUGAUGAUGAUGAUGAAAAAGCGUUUACUGAUAAAGUUGAAGAAUUUGAUAUUACAGAAUUGAGGAAAUUGGUAAAAAUUGAGAGGAAGAGAGCAAAUGUGGCUUAUGCAGAACUUGAGAAAGAAAUGGCAGCUUCUGCCACUGCAGCAGAGGAAGCAAUGGGUAUGAUUUUGCGACUUCAGAACGAGAGGAGGGUGAUCGAAAUGGAAGCUAAUCGGUACCGUAAUUUGGCUGAAAAGAAGCAGCUUCACGAUCAAGAAGUGAUUCGAUCAUUGAAGUGGCUCUUGCUAAAUCAUUCACCCGAGAAGUGUUUUUUGGAAGAUCAUUUGAGAUUGUGUAGGAAAAAGUCGAAACAUUUUGUGAAGAAUGAUGAAAAGGAUGGAGACGGAGAAGAAGAGAAGGAUAUUGAGAGCCGGCCCAAUGUUCUUGCAAGGAAAAUUUCAACUCCAAUCGUUACAGAAAGAGGAAGCCCGUGA